AUGAAUAGGGAAAGGAAGAAGAAUGAAGGUAAGAAAGAGACCAUAGCAACAAAAUAUCUGAUUUUGCAAAUUAUUAUGACACCAUUGAGGCAUAUCAAUUCUUUUUUAGAGGUGAUUUCUCUGAGAUUGCAAAAUGGGGCCAAAUUGAAGCGGGGAGUAUCUUUUUCAAUGAUUAACAUUCAAGAUUGCACUCUAUUGCAAUUGUUGUCAGAUCGGUGGAAAUGCUAUCAAGACACAACUGAUUAUGAGAGUUUAAGAAUUUGGUUAAAUAUAUUCAUGGUACUGCAAUCCGUUGGGGAUCUCCUUAGAACAAAAUUCCCGAUGAAAGUUUUUCUUUCAAAUUAA